AUGGAGGGCAGGAGCUGGGGCGUGACAGGUGUAGGAUGGGGUAUUAGGAAUUCGACUCUCUUCGAGCUCGUCGAGCGAUUUGAAGAGAACAUUAAUCAGUAUCGUCAGGCCGCGCCGCUUACUCCCAUGGUCUUUAACUGGGGUCCUACCACGCUGGCUGAGUCCGUUAUCAGGCACGUGCCUUUUUGA